CAACGAUUGCGCCGUUUAAAGUUAUCCGCAAUAUCAGUAAAGAAAGAAACCGCGCAACUUACGUCAACCUCAUUCAUUUGUCGUUUUAUUUAUAUUACUACGCAAUAAUACUAAUAUUAUAUUAGAGAAAUCACAAUUAUGGUUCAAAAUCAAAUAGUUCAAGCUGCAACACCUACCGUGUGUUACCGGAAUAAAAUGAAACCAAUGAAAAGUGUUAAGAUAUCAAGAAGUACUGUAGAGACAAUAACUCCAAAAAGUUCGCCAAAUUCAAUUCAUCAACCUGCUUUACUCGCGGAGAAACAGGAAACAAAAGAUGUAAAAUUAAAUGAAAUUGGAAAGGAGGAACAGAAGGAAGAAGAAAAAAUAACAUCUACUAAAGAGAAUAUCAAGAGCAGAAGAAGAGAGGAACGUUUAGCUAGAGAAAAACGAGAAGAGGAAGAAAGAGAAAGAUUCGUAAGAGAAGCUGCUGAAAAGAAGGCAGCAGAGAGAGAAGAAAUAAUAAAACAAGCGAAAAGGUUUAUUCUUUACAGGAAACCAAUGUGUAGACGAAUUAAUCAAGGUCUUCUCGUUUCUGAGUGUUAUAGAGAAUUGGAUGCUCAACUAAAAUUUCGGGAAACUCUAAAAAACGUAGAUAGAGAGGAAGAAAUAGCCUACGUGAAUUCAAUAAAAGAGGAUUUAGCAAAAUACGAAGAGGAAAUGAAACAGAAAACAGAAAAGCAGUUGGAGAAAAGGAAGCAUUAUGCCUUCGAAUUAAGGAAACAGUAAGAUUUCACGAGAUUUUACAUACGUGGUAGAAAACAUUUUCUUUAUUUAAAUAACUUAAUUUCCCGACGUUGUUAGAAUCGAAGAAACUAAGAAUGCCGAGGCAGCGAAGGAGAGAGAGGUAUUCGAAGCUGAUAAACAGGAUCAAAUAAAUAUGGAAAAAUACUUGCAAGAUAUUAAAGAAUUUGAAGCGCAACAAUUGCAAAACAAGAAACAAAAAUUAAAGCAAUUUUUUAAAGACGCGAUAGAGGAAAAGAAACAAUUCGAUCUGGAGCUUAAACGCGAAGAAGAAUUCGAAGAUCGUGCAAACGAAAUUUAUAGGAAUGCUAAAACG